CGACACGGACACCACCGCGGCAGUUUUCGUUACGUUCCAUUCGCGUACCACACGCCGCAGCCUUAUCGUUGGUAUCACGCGACCCACGUGCGUUUUCUUGUUUUUUUUUAAAAAAUUUUUAUCAAUAAUUUACAGUUGUUUUAUGAUAUCAUUAUUUUUAUUAUUAUUAUAAAAAAACACCAUAGCCACACCGACUUGCAAAACAGUAUUACUCUAUUAAACAUGUUGCAAGACGAAGAAACGAACUCUGAUGUCAUGGACUUGGAUGAGAUUUUGGGCACUUUUGGUUUGGGCAAAUACCAGGUGUCCAUCUGUCUAUUGAUGGGUUUUGUACUCAUGUACUCAAACAUAUCGCCACUUAGCUAUGCCAUAACAGCCAGCGAUCUCAAAUAUAGGUGUGCCAUCCCCGAGUGCGAUGGGGAUAACCCAACUUAUCGACCGGAAUGGUUGCGAUCGGCAGUGCCGUUCAACGGAGAAUCGGAAGAGCCUUACAAGUGUCGCAGAUACCACUUGGUUAGGCCAAACGACAACGACACCGACCCAGCAUAUUUAGUGAAUGGCACGUGUCGACCGGACGCUUUCGAUCCAAGUUCAGUGGACCUAUGGUGCGACCAUUGGGUUUUCGAUGACAACGAAAAGACAAUUGUGAAUGACUUUAACAUUAUGUGCGAAGAAAACAAAUGGAAACUGACUAUGGUGGGAACAAUCAAUAGUAUCGGACAAUUCAUUGGAAUCCCCUUGGCAGGUUUCAUUUCGGACAAGUACGGCCGUAAAUUCAUUUUGAUUAUCGGGUCUGUGUCAUCGGCAGUACUUGGAACUGCCAGAUCGUUUACUACGGAUUAUUUUUCGUUCAUCUUGUUCGAGCUUUUCGAUUCCAUUGCUUCUAGCGGUGUUUAUGCGGCUACUUUUGUGCUUGGUCUGGAAUUAGUCAGUCCCAAAGCACGGGUUACUGUCAGUACUCUCAUGGGAUGUUUUUAUCCAAUGGGCGCAGUACUGAUGGGUUUCGUGGCUUACAUGGUGCUCGAUUGGAGGAUAAUGCUCAGGAUUCUUUACCUUCCCGGUUUGCUCAUUCUAAGCUACACGUGGUACGUUCCGGAAUCUAUGCGAUGGCUCCAGACGCAAAACCGUAUAGAAGAGAUGGCCAACAUCUUAGCGAAAAUUGCCAAGUCAAAUGGCAAAACGAUGCCGGUCAGCGUAAAGGAAGCACUGCUCAACGACCCCAAAUCCAAUAAUAACCAAGAUGAAAAUGUUAAACUGUCCUGUAGCACGUUAAUGAAAAAAAUAUUCAGUUCCAAAGAAAUAUUUUUGAGGCUGAUUAAUUGUUCAUUUUGUUGGACCACCAUAACAUUAGUAUACUAUGGACUUUCGCUGACAUCCAUAGAGUUGUCCGGAAAUAAAUACUUAAACUUCAUGUUGGUGAAUGCUAUCGAAGUGCCAGCUUUUUUGACGUCCUGGUACUUUAUGGAACGUUUUCCCCGGAGGAAUACUCAAGCAUUCUCGUUCCUGUUCAGUGGUCUAGGCUGUAUCUUGGUCAACAUUACAUCUGACAGUCAUUUGUGGUUAAAGUUACUACUGUUCUUGAGUAGUAAAUAUGCGAUUACCAUGGCUUUCAACACUAUGUACGUGUUCACAGCAGAGAUGUUCCCCACCGAAUUGCGUAUGUCUUUGUUCGGUAUCACUUCUAUGUUUGGCCGUUUCGGUUCCAUGAUAGCGCCACAAAUGUCAUUAUUGUCCACUUAUUUUGGUAGCUGGGUACCGAUUAUGUUGUUUGGCAUAAUAUCAUUCAUAGCGGGUGCUCUAGCAUUCCUCUUCCCAGAAACUAAGGAUCAGAAACUACCGGACACAGUGAAACAAGCUGAACUCGUCGGAGAAGUCUAAACGCAUGAAUACUCAUGACACUACACGUAUCCAGCUGUAGAUCUAAUUGUCUGAUCCAAAUACACAAAGAAUGCGGUUCAUGUACACGAAUACAACAAUUGGAUAAUGUGCCUUAACACAGUGUAUUUAUUAUUUAAAAAGAAAAACUGAAUUCCAAACUUUAUGUAAUAUGUAUGCAGUGAACACAAGUUUUUAUUUGUAGAUUAUUUUUUGACCUCAAAAAUACUAACCGAAAGUUUAAACUUAAAAUGAAAACAAUAAAAAUACAACAUACACACCCAAGUACUCAAGAUUAUUGAGUCAUACCCUUGUUAGUAUAGGCAUACUUUUUAUCAUAUAUUUAAUGUUUAUUUAAACUUAAAAUAUGUACCCUAGUAUAGUGAUGUUAAUCUUAUAAUUAUAUGCAUAUACACACACAAAACCGGUAUGUAUAAUAUCGUACCUUUUAUUUUUUGAGAAAAAACCAAUUCCAUUUUGUCAUCCGUUUUCUUUGGGUGUCUCUAUUUCGUAUUAAUAUUUCUGUGAUAUUUAAACGUGUAAUGAUUACGCGAAUUUAAUAUUAAUCUAUGUACGUUAAUUAUAUCAAUUUACAGUCUAAAUUGUAAUUUCGGUGCUAAAGUCAUACUUUACACUGUAACAACAUGUUAUUAUUAAAGCAAUAUUGUGCUAUUUUUUUUAUGUAUGAUUACAUUAACUGUUAUUUACUUAUAUUAAUCUGUUUAAUGUUAAUAUGAUUGGAGUAUUUUUACUUGUUAGAAUAUUUAAAAAAGACAUUAUUAUUUGUGAAUAAAUUAAAUGAUUAUUAUACCUACUAAACAUUUUGUCAAUUUUUGUCAACAUUAAUUUAUGAUUAAACAUUUGUUGUGAUAAUGAAACUUUAACGUAAAAU